CUUAUUACUUUUGCAAUAUGGACGACGUUCUGACAGAUGAAACGUUAUUGUGUAAAAUUAAACACUAGCAUUUGAUUUUAGCUAUUUUAAUAAACACUCUCACCAUGUACAUCGAGUAAAUAAAGGUUUGGUUAUUUCGAAGGAGUAUAAGAACAAACCACGAAGAUGGCCGAGACGGUGUAUGGAACCAUAGAAGAAGGGCAUGUUAUGUCUGAAAAAGUCCAGUCUCUAGCUUCCACCGUGUACAAGGAAUUUGAGAAAAUGAUUCAGAAGUACGACGAAGAUGUUGUCAAAGAACUUAUGCCGCUAGUCGUUGGAAUUCUUGAGAGUUUAGAUUUAUCAUAUAUUGAAAAACAAGAAAUUGAAGUUGAACUCGAAUUAUUACGAGAUGACAACGAACAACUGUUGACUCAAUAUGAACGAGAAAAACAACUGCGUAAAGCAUCUGAACAGAAAUACUUGGAAAUGGAAGAUGCAAUUGAAGGAGACAAGAAGAAUAUGGAAGAUAAAGUAGAAAGUAUGGAAUCUAUUAUCAGAAUGUUGGAAUUAAAGGCAAGGAAUGCUGCUGACCAUGUGACCAGAUUAGAAGAAAAGGAAUCUGAAAUGAAAAAGGAGUACAAUAAACUACAUGAAAGAUAUACUGAAUUGUUUAAAACACAUAUGGAUUACAUGGAAAGAACAAAAAUAUUGAUGGGAACAGAUAAACUUGCAGAACUUACAGGCAACAGUCCUAGAAUAAAGGGUUUCCAGUUACCUAAUUUGCGACCAGUCAGUAUGAUAUUAAAUACUGGGGAGACACCCAGUAGGGGUGACAACAGUCCUAUGGGUUUUGACGUUACCUCCCCAUCCAGCGGGAAAGAUUCCAAUGUCAGUAUCAAAAGUGAAAUGGGAGAUUUUGAGUCUCAGGAUUCAAAUCGUCUCAACUCAACGGGUGAGUCUAAGGAAACCAGUGAUAAGGUGCAGAUGACUGACAUAAUCAACGUGACUGAUGAAAGUACCACCACUAAUACAAAAAAGGCUUCUGUUCCCGUUCCUAAUGAAACCAUUCCAAAUAGCAACACAAACACUGAAGAUAUUAAAGAAAAUGUAUCUCGUGCAGACUCACAAACUCUUUCAAAAAAGCAUUCGAUAAGCUUAGAUCAAACCGAUGCCAAAAACGAUGUAGAAAUACGUAGUGAUAAAAAUAAAGUGGAAGAAUACAAUGCAAACGUGUUUGAGCGUCUGCAUAGUCAGUUUUCAGAGGACGGGUAUGAAGAAGACCCGAUCUCUGCUGGAUUGGGUGAUACUCUUGCAUCUAUAGUGGCAACAACGCCAGAACUUGAUGAAAAUUCAGAAUCUUAUAGUAAUCAUUUAGUCAAUGACAGCGCCAGUUCUAGGAAAGGUCCAGUAAAGAAGACAAUAUAUGAUGAAUUAGCUGUUUCUAGUAGUGAUAUGAUAGCAGAAGUAGAUUUUGGAGCAGAUAUUACAGGUCGAGAGGUGAACCCAGGAGAUUAUGCUUCGUCAGAUGAUGAGAAAGAUGAGAAAGAAUCUAAUGUUAGUGACAAUUUCUUUGGUAUGGGUAAAGAACUGGAGAAUUUAAUCUUAGAAAAUACAGAAUUACUGGCUACAAAAAAUGCUCUCAAUAUAGUUAAAGAUGAUCUCAUAGCUAAAGUAGAUGAACUCAGUGGUGAACAAGAAAUAUUACGAGAAGAAAUAACGUCACUGCAGGCAGUAAGAGGACGUUUACAAUUAAGAAUAUCAUCGUUAGAAGAGGAAUUAAAGAAAACAAAGGAAGAAUUAGAGAAAAAGAACCAACCUGCAUCCACCGAAGAAGAGGGUGAUGUCCCAAUGGCACAGAGAAAGAGAUUUACCCGUGUAGAAAUGGCAAGAGUUUUAAUGGAAAGAAAUCAGUAUAAGGAACGAUUGAUGGAAUUACAAGAAGCUGUACGAUGGACAGAAAUGAUCCGAGCUUCCAGAGAGCAUCCAGAGCUUACUCCAAAGAAAAAAUCUUCCAUUUGGAAUUUUUUCAGUAAUUUGUUUAGCUCAUCUAAUAAACCUAAAAGACCGAUUGCUGUUGCUACAGUUAAAUAUAAUGCACCUACUACACAAGUACAACCAGUUGGUGAUCCAAACAAAAAAUCCAGAGAAAAAGAAAAGCUUGGCCAGAAAUCUAAAGCUUAUGAGUUCCUACAGGAAGAGGCAAUAUCAGAGAAAGCUAAAAAAGAAAGGGAAAAGGAAAGAAGAGAACAGUAUAAAGCCGUAAGAGCUCAUGUCAAGAAAGAUGAUGGUAGAAUGCAAGCAUACGGAUGGAGUUUACCAGCCAAAUAUACACCUAGUCCACGAGAAGCUUCAUCUAAGAACCAGAUUCCUGUUCCAGUACCUGUUUAUUGUAGACCUCUUACUGAUCAAGAUAAUGGGGUCAAGAUUUGGUGUUCAGCUGGUGUUAAUUUAACUGGUGGUAGAACUAGGGAUGGUGGAUCAAUAGUUGGUACCAGUAGUAUCUUCUACUCUAAUCCUACAGAAGAAACACCUAAACCUACUGAUGAUGUUGAACAACUAGAUCAAGAACUCAAAGAUCAUGACAAGAAUUUAAAGGAUCAAGAACAGUUAUCAUCAUUUGUAUGGAUUUGUACCAGUACACAAACUACAAGUGAUAUAUCAGUUAUUGAUGCUAAUAAUCCAGCUGAUAUCUUAGAAACUUUCCGAGUCUCUUCAUCACAUAUACUGUGUAUAGCUAGUGUUCCAGGUGCCCUUGAGUCAGAUUACCCUGUUGCGGAAGAAAUCCUGAAAGCAGAGGCACCGCUAUUACCUAAAGAAACGGUUAUAAGUAGCGGUACUAAAGAUAGUAGUGAAUCACCAGAGAGUUCUGGUAUCGGUGGUAUUACAUUUGUCCAAUGUUCAACAGGUGGUAAUAGUAGAGAAACAUCACCAUCAGGUUCACCUUCAACAGGUUCCAAACUGGAAACUAAAGCAGAUAUUGAAACAACUGCAGACAAUCUGGUGGAUGGGGCUGAUAAAGAUGCAGAUAAUAAAGAAAAAUCUGAUGAUAGUGAAAAGGAGAAAUCUAAUUCAGAUCCUCUUGGUGUUUCAACUGAAAGUGAUCAACCUACAGUGUUUCGAGCUACAGGUUCACCACCAUCAUCUCGUAACUCUAGUCCUACCUCACCAUUACGACCAGGUGAUCAUAGAGGACAAGAUUCAGGAGAAAGUAAAGAUGGUGAUAGUGGUAUUAGUGAUGAUGUACAGUUUAGUGAUAUGGAGAAGAUGAGUAGUGCUUUACCAAGCAUGUGGUUGGGAUCACAAACUGGAAGUUUGUAUGUUCAUUCAGCAGUAGCCCAGUGGAGAAGAUGUCUACAUUCUAUAAAACUUAGAGAUUCCAUACUCAGUAUUGUACAUGUUAAAGGACGGGUAAUGGUAGCAUUAGCAGAUGGGACAGUUGCUAUAUUUCAUAGAACUUCAGAUGGUCAAUGGGAUUUAGAGAAUUAUCAUCUGUUAGAUCUAGGCAGACCACAUCACUCUAUACGUUGUAUGACUGUUAUAGCCAAUAAACAUGUUUGGUGCGGUUAUAAAAAUAGAAUAAAUAUUAUUAAUCCUGAAGACAUGACAAUAGAGAAAAGUUUUGAUGCUCAUCCUCGUAAAGAAAGUCAAGUUCGUCAGUUGGCUUGGGUUGGUGAUGGUGUAUGGGUAUCGAUAAGAUUAGAUAGUACAUUACGUCUAUAUCAUGCUUAUACACAUCAACAUUUACAAGAUGUAGAUAUAGAACCUUAUGUCAGUAAAAUGUUAGAUAGAUAUAGGUUCAAAUUGAAAGGUACUGGUCGAUUAGGUUUCUCUUUUGUGCGUAUAACAGCUGUGUUGAUCUCCAGUAAUAGAUUAUGGAUUGGCACUGGUAAUGGUGUUAUUGUGUCUGUACCUUUAUCAGAAAGCAAUAAACAACAAAUAACGACAUCAGCAGUUGGUCGACCAGGAGGGGUAGUACGUGUUUAUAAUGAUGUUAAAACAGACAGUGUAACACCAGGCAGUUUUAUACCUUAUUGUUCAAUGUCACAAGCUCAGUUAUCUUUCCAUGGACACAAGGAUGCAGUUAAAUUCUUUGUUGCAGUCCCAGAAAAUGCAAGAGAGAGUGAAGCCGACUGGCUUAGAAGCACAGGAACGGAGAGGAAAGGUAUUAGUGCUGCAUGUGAUGAAAAAGAAGACACAUCUACAAAGUUUUCACACGAGGCUACACCAGCACCACCUACGAGAACGAAAUUAGUUCUGUCUGGAGGAGAAGGAUAUGUUGACUUUAGAAUGGGUGAUGGAGGAGAGGAAGAAGUACCUGAUCCAGACGAAGAAGAAAAGAAAGCCUCAUUAACAGGAAAAUAUGAUAGAAGUCAUUUAAUAGUAUGGCAGAUCACCUCACCUGAAUAAAAUAUAAGUCCCCUGUAUUAUAUUCUUAGUUACUGAUUACAUCGUGCUAUAUGUUUAUUAUACUAUCUGACAGUUACAUGUAAUUACACCAAGUCUACCACACCAUGGUUGCCACAAUAAUUUAUUUUAAUUCCUGUAAGUUAUGAAUGCUGAAGGCUAAGAAUACCUUCUCAUCACCUCUUCUCAUUAUUGUAAAUGCACUGUUCAUUAAUAAUAUAAAAUAGUGUUUUGUUACAGGCUGUAAUCGACAAAUAAUACUCCUACACCAUCGUCCAUCAUAAAGUUCUGUUAGCAAUUUCAAACCAAAAAUAAUAAACCUAUCUAUCUUGGAAGACUGUUUUCCAUUAUUUGGUUUUAAAUUAUCAUUUAAUGUUAUGUAGUCUAUAGUUGUAAUACAAAUGCAACAAGAGAAAUGAAUGCAUGAUGUGUUUCAAAAUGUUUAUUUUUUUUCUGUAUUGCAUAUUUUUAUUUGCACACAAUGAUUUUCAACUCCUUUUCUGCAUGCAAUCUGUAAUGAAGUUAAAAAGAAAAAUAUGUUGCUGAGAAGUUGAUGUUUAAUCUAUAAAAUAAUCAAUUAUUUAAAAGAGUCUUUCAUUCUGUUAUAGUCAAUUCCAUGUACUUGUAUUUUAUUGCUUAUAGUUAAUAUAAAUUGGUAUAUGUUUAGAUGCUGAGUUCAUGUUUCCCACAUUAAGACACAGCAAUGUUUUGUAUGAUGUACUGUUCUUAAUUACAUCCAUGAAAUAAAUAUAUAAUUUAUUUAUGUAUGUAUAUAUAUACGAUGUAAAUAACAAGUUCAUGGUCUUUUAAGCGGCAUUUAUUAUGUGAUGUGAUCAAAUUGGUUGAUAUAUUACCGUUUAAUAAUAAUAGUACGAUUUUAUAAAUCUUGAAUUACCGACAUGACCUUUUAUAUAAUAAUUAUGCAUUCAGAUUUUAUUUUUUUCCUGAGUUCAUGAUAAUGAAUUGCUAAGUUUAGAAAUAAUGGUCUUAUUGUCCUACUGUUCAAGAAUUUGAAUAAAUAUAAAUAUUCAUAAUGUAUUUUUAAAUAUUUAUAUUUAGACAAUUUAUUAAAAGUUAUUUUAACAGACAUGUAUAUCCACAUAUAAAUUAUUCUUCUCUAUCGUUUAUUAUUUUAUAUUUAACUUUAUUAUAAUUUUAAGAAAUAUACUCAAAGAAAAUUAAUCAUUUCGGAUUUCAUUUUGGUUUCUUGUAGUGUUUAUUUUUUUUCUACGGAUGCAAAAGUUCAUAACAUGUAUGACAGUUUUCUUUUAUUGUAAAUAUACCUAUGUAUAUAUAUAUUAAUUAUCUUUAUUUAAGACUAUUACUUGCAUAAUAAUAUAUAUAUAAUAAUAUGAUCAAAUAAUAUUUAUGGAACAGGUAAUGAUGUCAAUCAAAUAGAUACAAAAAUAUAUUUUUUCGUCUUUAUAUUAUUGUCUGUUUUAAAUACAAUGAAAUCUGGUAUAAGCCAUUGAUAGAGAUGUUUUUAAAUUUUAUCAACCGUAACUGGUUAAAAGUAUUUCAUUUUAAAUUUUAUCAACCGUACUUGGUUAAAAGUAUUUCAUUUUAACCUUGUAUAGAUAGAACUGUUGAAUUUGUCAACUCCACAGAAAUACUUGUAGUUGACAAAUAAGGCGAACAAUUAUGCAUGUAAAAGUAAUGGUUAUUCUUUGGUUAAGAAAAAGUUGAACGAUAUGAUUGAUGGUUUGUUAGAGAAAGAAUUGAUUAAACCAGGUUUCACUGUAAUAGAUAUUGUCAAUUUGUCUGCUAAAAUGCCUGUUAUAUAAUUAUCAUAAUAAAUAGAAAGGAAUCCAGACAGUGGGAGAUCAAAUUGUUAAUACUAUUCAUAUUUGUGUUCAUGCAAACAGAAAUGUGUGCAGUAGUAUUUUUAAGUAUCCACUUUGAAAGAGACACAAUCAAUGAUGCCAAAACCUUAGAUGAUCAGGAUCAAAUUCUAAUCCUCACCAACAAAACUUUGAUCUUUCUGUUAAGUAAUCCUUUAUCCACUAUAUUAAAAUUUACACCUACACUUUUUUUAUUACAGUUUGAUAAAGAUUAAUUUAUAACAAAUUUCCUUAAUCUGAAGUUUAUCCAGGCAAACAUUUUCCUGUGCACCAUAUUAUGAAUUAUAGACUCUUACCGAUACACCAAUUUAUCAUUUUGUAUUGAUCAUUUUGAAUUUGAUUGCAUUCAAAAUCGAUGGUAGUGUAUCUUAUUGUUAAAUUUAUUUCUGCAACCAGAACCAUUUAUUAGUCAGAAACUUAUCAAUUAUGUUUUGUACAGAAAAUUAAAAUCUUAUUUUUUUUUUUAAUUGAUUGUGUCCCUUAAAAAAUGUUCAACUAUUUUAGCAGAAAUGAGAAAUUGCCCAACUGGAUUUUAGAAAAUAUGUUUUGUUCCGGUUUUAUUGAGAAUAAAAAGUCUAUAAAAUUGCAGCAUUUAUAGAAAGCAUGUGCUAUGAUGGUGUUCAGAUAGGAUAUAGGAGAAAAUCUCCAAAUUAUCUGUGCUAGGAUUAUAUAUUUAUGCCUCAGUAAUGUAUGUAUCAAGUCAGUGGAAUUAAUAAAUGAUUGAAAAGA